UUUCGGACUGGGGAAAAAAAAUUAUGACAGUCAGAAGUUUGAGCUGUAGAAAUGUCAACUUGUCUUAACGUUGUCUGAUAGCUUAAUAACUAACUUUGUCAACAUCGUUUUGCAAAUAUUUCAACAAUUGUAUUCAAGAAAACGUGUUGAUAACUGUGGUUUAUCUUUUCUAUACGUCUUGGAAGGCAAAGUACCUGAAAAGCCACAAAUUGGAUUAAGGAAAUCCGACCGUGAUAGUUAGCCAGCUCGUUAGUAUCUUUGAGGGGUCUCUUUUCACACUGUCCUCGCUAUCACAUUGGCUGUUUGCACCCGAUAUCAGGUUUAAGUAACUUUUCUCCAAUAAUCGCUUUUGUUAACUAACCGUAUUGCAUGUGUCGCCGUUUUUUGCAAAGGUCGGAUACAGUAGUGACAGUAAGUAGCCCAGUUAGCUAGCUACCGUAGUUAUCAUGGAGAACCAUUGGAAUAAUCUUCAAUCCAGUGGACGAGACAAACAGCGAAAGAAGGGAUUCACCGCCGGACAAGUGGGAGCGUCUGGAUGCGAGGAUGGAGAACGUAAACCAAAGUUUCAUUUACACGUUAAAAACAUUAAGGAUGACGUGCUGGACAGGUUUGCCAGUAUCCGUAUCCCGGGCAGUAAGAAAGAGCGUCCUCACCUCCCCCACGUCAAACACUCGUCCUCGUCUGAAUGGUCCUCCUCCGCUGAGUUUGAGGACCUGUCCUCCAAGAUCACCUCAGAAAAGGAGAUACUGGGACUCUUUGAGAAGAUGAUGGAGGAUAUGAACCUGAAUGAGGACAAGAAGGCUCCUCUGAGAGAGAAAGAUCUGACCACCAAGAGAGAGAUGGUUAUCCAGUACAUCGUUACUGCCUCCAAAACAAAGUCAUCAGAUUUCCCCUCAGGAGUUCCUGGGGGAGCUGAAGUCAGGAGUGACUGACGAACGCCUCAUGGCCUGUCUGGACUCUCUCCGUGUCUCCCUCACCAGCAACCCUGUCAGCUGGGUGCAGAGCUUUGGCCACGAGGGUCUGGGACUGCUGCUAGACAUCCUGGAGAAGCUGCUCCACAAGAAACACCAGGAUAAACCUGACAAGAAGAGCCAGCAUAAAGUCAUCCAGUGCCUCAGAGCCUUCAUGAACAACAAGUACGGUUUGGAGCGUAUCCUGUCAGAGGAGAAGUGUCUGUCCCUGUUGGCCCGAGCUAUCGACCCCACCCAGCCCGCCAUGAUGACCGACGUGGUCAAGCUGCUGUCGGCCAUCUGCAUUGUGGGCGAGGAGAACACUCUGGAGAAGGUCCUUGAAGCCAUCACCACAGCAGGAGAACACAGGGCCACGGAGAGGUUCAGUCCAAUCGUAGAAGGACUCAGAGAUCGCUCCGUCCAAUUACAAGUGGCCUGUAUGCAGCUCAUCAAUGCUCUGGUGACGUCUCCAGACGAACUGGACUUCAGGCUUCACAUCAGAAAUGAGUUUAUUCGCUCCGGCCUCAGAGAGAUUUUACCGCAUCUGACAGCGAUCAGGAACGAUGCUCUGGACAUUCAGCUCAAGGUGUUUGAGGAGCACAAGGAAGAGGACCUGAUGGAGUUCAGUCACCGGCUGGAGGACAUCAAGACGGAUCUGGAUGAUGUGGGAGAUGUGUUCACCGUGGUUCAGGGUAUGGUGAAGGACAGCGGGGCGGAGGCCGACUUCCUGUCCAUCCUACAACACCUAAUGCUCAUCCGGAACGACUACUUUGUCCGGCCCCAGUAUUUUAAGAUCAUAGAGGAGUGUGUGUCUCAGAUCGUUCUCCAUCGCAGCGGGACCGACCCAGACUUCACCUACCGAAAACGUCUUGACGUAGACUUCAGUGUCCUCCUGGAGGUGUGUGUGGACAAGGCUCAGGUAGAGGAGUGUGAGCUGAGAGCUACUGACUUGGCUCUGAAGUUUGAGGAGGAGUACCUGGGUCGACAGGAGGCUCAGGCUCAGCUGCUGAAGAGUGAAGAGAAGAUCAAUGAAUUGCAGGCCGAGCUACUGGCCUUCAAGUCCCAGUUUGGAGCCGUACCAGUGUCCCUGUCCGCAGCCCACCCACCCCAGGCUGGCUUCCCCUCCGCAGCCCACCCACCCCAGGCUGGCUUCCCCUCCGCCUUCCCGUCCCUCCCUCCCCCCCCUCCUCCUCCCCCCCUCCCAGGCUGCGGCCCACCUCCCCCACAAGGAGUGCCUCCCCCGUUCGGUUGUCCUCCUCCCCCUCCUCCUCCCCCGGGGUUCUGUGGGCUGGGCUCUCCUACCCACAACACCUUGCCUUUCGGACUCCGGCCCAAGAAGGAGUUCAAGCUCGAGACUUCCAUGAAGCGACUCAACUGGUCCAAGAUCCGCCCCCAGGAGAUGUCCGAGAGCUGUUUCUGGGUGGUGGCUAACGAGGAUCGCUAUGACAACCCUGACCUCCUCAACAGACUGGCGCACACCUUUGGCUCAUACAGACCAGAUCUCCUGAUUAAUUGA